AUUGGAGCCUCCAAUAUUUAUUUUUUCAUGGGUUAUGAAUUUUUCUUGUUAAUAUUCCGAAACUACCUGCAAGUCAUUGUAACUGAGCCUUGGUUUGAAAGGAAUGAAGAAGAUGGUAGCCCGUUGACAACGGAAAUCGAUGGGAAAAUCAGAUUGCUUAGUUUUCUAGCAGCCAGAUCAUACCAUAGGCCCAAAAACAGCAGCAGCACAUAUCCCAUCUACUUCCGAGUAGAAUGGAUUCGAAGCGGAUUAUGUGAUCUAGCUGGAAUUUGUUCGGAAAGAGAUCUUGAAGAGCGGAUGACGACGACUUCUUUGCAUACUACCAGUACACAGACCACGUCAGAAAAUUCCAAGGAAAAUGGGAAUUCUGAAGAUCAAUAUGAGACUCUUGCGUUUUAUAUUUUUCGAAAUGUAGAAGCUAGAGUAGAAGAUUCGGAGAUGGAUUCAAAGGAAGAAACAAAUGGAUCAUGGAAGUGGGAACUCCAUUUAUGCAUGGUUUUGGUUUUGCUAGAGUAUGCAUUCUACCGACACGGUGUACAACGCUUAAUGUCACUCUGCGUACAGCUGUCGUCCUCGCCUUUACGUAUGCAAUUGGGCGACCGUUUCCUCUUUGCCCGCGUGACUCAGUCGGUAGCGGCGCCGCACCCUCAAUCAUCGCCCUCACAAGUUCAACUCCUCGAGGGGCAUCUUUGA